AUGGAAAAUCCAAGCCAAGGACGCAAUGGUUCAGUCCAGGAUGACGUUCUAUCGGUCACUUCGACCAUCGAAGAAACCCAUAAUUCAGACGAAGAAUUCACAGUCGAAAGAAUCCUGGCGGACAGACUCAUCGAGGGUAGGGUUUUGUAUCUUGUUCAAUGGGAAGGGUAUGAACUCUCUUCGGCAACCUGGGAACCGGAAGAUUGUUUCAAGCCUGGGACAAUAUCAGACUGGGAAGACUUCAAAAGGAAGACGGGCAGAUCCACUGCACUGGGCUUCACCGUACGCAGAUGGAAAGAUUCUGUCGAAUGUACUAUUAAAAGGAAACGCGCCCGCCAUGAUGCACGGAACCGCAAACGUGCCGCCUUGGGCGAGUCAACGACGGAGUUUUCUUCCCUCUUCGAGGAAUACUUGAACGCCCUGCAAAUUGGUCUGGAAGGCGAGGAAGAUCCGGACAGCGAAGGCGACUCGGCAGGGAAAGAGACCCGCAAAGACAAUGAAGAUGCGCAACGAGAAGAUGAAGACUCCGACGAUGAGAUGACGGUCUUGGAAACGCUGCGUUCAGCUGGCCAUAUUCGACCGCAGACAAAUAGCGGCGAGGAACAGUCGAAUAUUGAGGCCGGCCCAAAUGCAACAGCACAAAAUCCACAACCGGUGAGCCGGAAGCGCCGACAGUCAGAUUCGAUUAUUUCUCCCACCGCUGCUGCUCACGUACCGGAACAGGGCGGUAAAAUGAGUGUUCUGAAGAAUGCACCCUACCAGGUAAGAAGAAGGAUGUCGACGUCGACUACCAAAGGAGCGAUCAGCAGACAGGCGAUCAUCUCGACUCCAAAGCAGAGGGACGUGGCGUCUGUCCGUUCCGGAAUCGCUGCGUCGUCGAAUCGAAUCGAGUCAAGCGCUGCCAAGGCAGGGGCCAUCUCUUCCAAUGUGUUUCUCGGAGGAAAGACGAGGAAAAAAAGAUCGACGCUUCUGGAUGCCGUAUCCGACUCAACCAAGGACCCAAAGUUCCUAAGACUUCGCCAUCAACGACUGGUGGAGAAGCAGUUGAGAGAUGGAGAAGGCACCAGGGCACCGAGGCGACCGUCUGGUGAGGUUUUCUCUCUCGCUGGCCACACGCAGCAGGUCCUCGGGCCCCAACCCUCAGCUUCAGAGCUCAUUAGUGAGAUGGACAUCACUUCGUCCACGAUGGGAAUGAAUAGCAGCCAGACGCUUCGGGAGACCACAGGUGGCUCCAAGCGAGAUCGGAAGACUCAUACCCAAGAUGGUGACGAGGCAAUUACCGACUCUACCGAGAACGUCAAGAAGCAGAGGCGCUCGGUUCAUUUUAGCGACGUGCCUGAAGUUAGGGAUGCUACGGAUUCCGAGAAGAGUGAAAUAAUUGUCGCCGGUCCGGCUCUGGAUGAUAUGGCCAUCGAUGACGAUCAGCCAGCAGCAACGCCGCCGACGGAAGCCGCCAGUGGGAGCAGACAACCAGCCACUCAAUCGGUGUGCAAAGAGUGCCAGUUCGGCUCAGGUGCGGCACAGGCACUACAACUUGGUUUCGCAGGGGUGCCGGUUCAUGAGAAUAUCCCUUGGAUCGAGCAAUUCAAGUCCCAGAAUCGAAUCGUCUUCUCGCACUCUUGUACCGCGCAGAAUUUUGCGUUGCGGACAGAUCUGUGGGAAGAGCAACUCUGUCGAGGUCAUGUUUCCGAGGCCGGUGCGGCAGUUCGUUCGAUAGCCGAGCGCCUUCGAGUUGGUUCCCUGGGACUUCUCUGCUACGGUGGGAGAUACUGUGUGCUCGUCUUUCCAUCUGACUCUGAAGACUGGAAUCGAGGUGCUGAAGUUGACGCCUCCACGGCUUCGACGGACUCGGCAUUGAGCUACAUCAUCUUCAAGCCCAGGCCGAUCCUUGAUGCCUCAACGCUUGCACCUAUAGCGUACACGGCCGCGAGACCCGAGCCGAGUGCGAAAUCCGACCCGGCGCAUGUACCAGUUUUCGACAUGGUAUUUGGGCCAACGUAUUACCAGCUGCUACCUUCAGAGUCUCUGAACUCAAAGAAGCAUAAGUUUUUCAUCGCUUUCCCCCAUUGCGCGUUGGAAGAAGCUCUGCUAGUAUCACAGUGGCUGCGAGGCUCGGCCACGAGCUCGGACGCGGAGUGCGUCAUACUAACGAGCCUACAGCCGGGGCAUUGGCUGAACUUUGCCAAAGUCGACUCCGGCACUGUCAUUGUUCACGAAGAUGCUGUUUGGGCCAUCCGUCUGUUUCCAAACUUGGCCGAUCUGCUGCAUAAGUCUAGCAGAGUGUUUUCCUUCUGGAUUUUCAGGCGAGCACUUGUAUUGGAACAUCCACUUCCUUGCCUCGAACCUUCACCACUGGGAGCCAGAAACACCGAGUUAUGUCGGGUAUUCAGUCACGGAACCGCCAUCUUGGUCACGCCGAGCUUUUUCGUCGCACAGCCGGCACAGGCCUACAACUUCGUCAAGUGGUGGUAUCAAAACUAUUCCCCAAAAAGUAAAACCUUGCGGUCAGGUUCCCUCGUCGUCUGUGCCGGCAUUGCCGAUUGGAUCCGCGAUUUAGCCUUGGAAAAGACUCAGAGAUAUCACGACAAGCCGAAGGACAGGACGACGGAGGGUUUAACGCUAGCUGCGAUUGAGUCCCUAUUCAAGUCUUGGGCACUCAUGCGGCAGUUUAUGACGGAGCUGGACGAUGAGACGGAUGGCAGUAGUUUGGUGUUCGCGCCCGAGGACAUAGACGAUGACGAUGAACAGAGUCUGGUAAACUGGUUCGGCUGGUGGACCAUCUCGCACAUGCACCAAGUUCGAAAGCUUUACAUCCUAGGAUCCGGCAAGCAACAUCAUGCCCGGCUGACCAGGCUUUUGCAACCGCCGCACUUUAGACCCCUGGUUUCACGCGAACCGGACGCCAGGGCACGUCGGCCGUCGAAAACGCAGGAAACGUUGCAGUUGGUGCUUAGCGAUGAGGGGACCGCAAUCGCCGACUAUACGACCGGUCUAAACGAUUCGAUCAAGCAGAUGUCGGCCUGCCCGCUCAUCUUCUACAUGUAUCCCAUAUCGUACUGGAACCCCGACAUGGCCUUUCACUUUGGUGACUACAACUCAACUUUCUCCUCUUUCAGAGCCUGGCUUCACUUCUUUCCCGAUUAUAUCGACGACCGUACGACACGGGGGCACAAGAAGGCGAGGGCACCAUGGAUAAACACGUGUGCAGGACUGUUCUACACCAUCGAAGAAGAAUGGGAUCCCUCGCGUUUCCCGAAAAAUGCCAAGCCCAAUCGUCGGCCGUGGGCAGCGAUGCUUCGUCCAACGAAUCCUCAUAUAAAGCCAUGGAAAGGCAUAGAGUUGUUCAUCUGGGACUACGCAGCCCGAGAGCAGCAGGCCGAGGGCGAGCCGUUGUACGCUUCCGAUUUAAUCGAGGCACAGCAUAGGCUCGUGAAACUGGUCCAAGAGCAGAGCGGCGAGCAGCUUCGAUUGCCGCUGGAUCGCGUCUGGCUGGGUGGCUUUGUCCCCGGCCAAGCGCGCGGCGACUUCUCACACCCACUCGACGUGACGCUCGACUACUUGACCAAGCUUCCACAAAUGAUCCGAUCAUGGUUGCCGGCGCCGCAGCAGAUGCUACCCGACAAAGGGUGGAUGCCGGUCAAACUUGAGAAGCGGCCACAGCCAGGGUCCCCACAUCAGUCGGCGACACCUGAGGUCGUGGAUACGGUCAAGACAGAGGUUGCGGCUCAGGAGACGAGGCCGGCAGCGAUGAAGACGGUGUUCGAGCCGCCGCUGGCCAUCGGGCUCCGGUCCAGAGAUUAUAGCAGCUCCAACAGGCUGUACGAAUGGGCAGCCGCGCAACGGAGGAAUGGCGUGCGAGGCAAGUCCGAGUACAGGUUCCGACCGACGAUGGAAUGGUAUCACGACCAAGUUCUGGAGGGCCGAGGCUUCCACCACAUUACCGUCACAGACUGGAAGACCAUCUUUGAACGGUUUCAUAUUCACAACCCUAAAUAG